GUGACUGAAAUAGCAGCGGGAUUUAAUAAAGGAAAUGUAAUGUCUGUUUGCAUCAAUCGUUGUGGAUUUCUCAACGCUUGAAUGGGCGUCUGCAUCCUUCACCUGCUGCGGGCAUCUCACAUCACACAGCAGAGGAUGGAGAGGAAAAAGAGUAUGUCGGCUUCGCCACCCUCCCAAACCAGGUUCACAGGAAGUCGGUCAAAAAAGGCUUUGAUUUUACACUCAUGGUGGCAGGGGAGUCUGGUCUUGGAAAGUCCACCCUCAUCAACAGCUUGUUCCUCACAGAUCUGUACAAGGACAGGAAACUCCUGAAUGCUGAAGAGCGUAUUAAUCAGACUGUGGAGAUCAUCAAACACACCGUUGACAUUGAGGAGAAGGGCGUUAAGCUGAAACUGACCAUUGUAGACACACCAGGUUUUGGAGACGCUGUCAAUAAUACGGAGAGCUGGAAGGCCAAUACUGACUAUAUUGACCAGCAGUUUGAACAGUAUUUUCGGGAUGAAAGUGGCUUAAACAGGAAGAACAUCCAGGAUAAUCGAGUUCACUGCUGCUUGUACUUCAUCCCUCCAUUUGGCCAUGGGCUGCGGCCCGUGGACGUGGAGUUUAUGAAGGCUCUGCAGGACAAGGUGAACGUGGUUCCACUCAUUUCCAAGGCUGACUGUCUGACGCCAGCGGAGAUGAGGAAGAUGAAGGACAGGGUGAGAGAGGAGAUUGAGAAGUUCGGUAUCAAAGUAUACCAGUUCCCAGACUGUGAUUCCGAUGAGGACGAGGAGCUCAAGCAACAGGACCGAGAGCUUAAGGAGAGCACUCCAUUUGCCGUGAUUGGAAGCAACACAAUAGUGGAGGUCAAAGGUCAGCGGGUGAGAGGGAGACUUUACCCAUGGGGCAUUGUGGAAGUGGACAAUCAGUCCCAUUGUGAUUUCGUCAAGUUGAGGACCAUGUUGAUUCGCUCACACAUGCACGACCUGAAAGACAUCACGUGUGACGUGCACUAUGAAAACUACAGGGCGCAGUGCAUACAGCAAAUGACAAGCAAACUGACCCAGGAUAAUCGUGUGGAAAGUCCCAUCCCGAUACUACCACUGUCCACCCCUGACGUAGAGACAGAAAAGCUGAUAAAGAUGAAGGAUGAAGAGUUGCGGAGGAUGCAGGAGAUGCUUCAGAAAAUGCAACAGCAGAUGCAUGAACAGGACCUGUGAAUCUAUUCCCGCACAGAAACGGCUGAUUUAUACUUCUGCUCGUCUGCAAGCAGACACAUAACACUUUAACAUCACACUGAAGGAUAUGCAGUAGUGAAAAAAAAAACAAAAAAAAAAACAAACAAAUGUAUUUGUAUGUUAAAACACAAUACACAGAUAUGAAUGCAUGUGUUGAGCACUGCGGUUAACAGGGUCACUUCUGAGCCUGAUAUUUAAAAACCAGGCUCCAAGUAGAAAUAUUUAGUUACGCUAAAUGAUUUAGUGAUUCGUUCGUUUUCACACUUUGUACAGUCUGUGAUGCUGUAUGACUGUUUCCAUGGCAAAGACUGCUUUAUUCACAGUAGACAUGGCAAAUGUUCUGUCUUGUUCUAUUUUUUUGUGACCCGUUUCUAUCCCAUUUUUAAAAUUAUUUUUAGUAGUGUGUGCGGGUGUGUGUGCUGAUUUGCUUGUGGAAAACUAAACAUUUGAGUGAUUUUCUACUUUUGAAGCAGCUAUACCAACAAAGUCAUUACAUUUUGAACGAGGUGUAUGCAGUUAUGAAGUAUCAACAUUUGCUGUUAAUAGCAAACCCUUUAACAGUAUUAUUAAACCUUAAUUAUUUUUCAUUGUUUAUUAAUUUACUUGUGUCUGAAGGCCUAAUCGGAGCACGCUUCAGUUGCAAACUUUGCUGUAUGUUAAAGAGAAUUUUCUCAGAUCAAACAUGUUUGUUUUCUUUUAGCAACUGCACAUAAAAAAAGUAAUUCUUUUUCACAACUUGUAUAAUUCCGGUUAUGAUAGGCCACUUAAGACAGCUGCUCCAGCUCUAAAAUACCAAAUUAUUUGUAAUAUUAAAAAAAAUAAAAAUGGAUAUCAGACCAUCUUUAUCAGUAAAAAGGCUCUGAGACAUUUUAAUAUCACUUGUUUGUUUUUAGAUGGAUGCAUUGAGAUAUUGAUUUGUAUGGCCUGUAUGUGUUUACUCAAGCUAUUCCUAUGAGCAUGAUGAAUGCACCAUCUGUCAUAUAUCAUGAUUCCUUUGACAAAUAAACAGAUCCUCUGCGGUA